UUUUGCAAAGACACUCCACUUUGAAGAAAGGGGGUAUCCUCUCUCCGUUAACCUUGGGGGGGAUUUCCAUCCCAGCCGAGUCUUCAUUUUUUUCUGCAUCUCAUCAAAGAUUCUCGACGGGGUACAUCAUGGGCAUCGUCAACAUGUUUCCGACUGCAGCAGGCAUCGCCCUGGCCGCGGCCUGCUUGUCCCCUGUGGCGGCCGCAAGUACAUGCAGCAGCAGCAGCAACUCGACGCGGGCAGCAGUUCCGAGCGCCGUCCUCCCCCAAGGGACCAUCAGAGGGUUCCGUGAUGCCAGCUGCAACUCCGUCUUCCUGGGCGUGCCCUUUGCCGGCACAACGGGCGGCGGGAACCGGUGGCGGGCGCCGCAGGACCUCCCCAGGUCGAACCGGACGUUCGCCGCGACGUCCUACGGCCCGACGUGCCCCCAGGCCAUCUCGGGCGACCUCUUCAGCCAGCAGGGCGAGGACUGCCUGAACCUCAACAUCUGGGCGCCCUCGGCCGGGGAGAACCUGCCCGUCUUCGUCUACAUGUACGGCGGCGCAAUGGUCACGGGGUCCAACAGCAACCCGCAGAUCCAGGGCUCCAACUUCGCCCGCAAGGGGGUCGUCUACGUCAACUUCAACACUCGCGAAAGCGUCUUCGCGUCUCCUCACUCAGCGGAGCUGGCCAAGGAGGCGGACGGCGGCGCGGGAGGGUCGCAGAACUUCGGCAUCCUGGACGUCGAAAAGGCCCUCGACUGGGUCCGCGAGAACAUCCACGCGUUCGGGGGCGACCCGGAGCACGUCGUGUUCGGCGGCCACUCGUCCGGCGGCGUGCACGUGGACCACUACCUCUGGAACCACCCGGACUCGUGGCUCAAGGGCGCGGCGCAGAUGAGCGCCAACGCCAUGUCCGGCCCGGCCUUCGCGCCCGUCAACGAGGCCCUCGACGCCGUCGCCGCCGAAGUCGGAUGCCCCCAGGCCGGCGAGGGCGGCCAGCUGGACUGUCUCCGCGAGGUGGACGUGUACGCGUUCCAGACGGCCAACUUCAACUCCACCUCCAACACCUGGUUCACGCCCGUCAUCGACAACAUCACGCGGCACGCCGACUACGCCGCGCGUCUCGCGGCCGGGCAGUACGCCUCCCACGUGCCGCUGCUGACCGGCACCUCGGACGGCGAGGGCACCAUCUUCAGCCUCGUGUACGGCGCCGAGAACGGCGACUUCGGCUCGUGGAUCAACACCUUCAACGCCGACAGCGCGCACAUCGAGGACGACGUCCUGCUGGAGGCGUACAACGCCUCCGACUUCGGGUCCGAGCCCCUCCGGAGCGGCGCCCAGUACGGCGACGCCCGGUUCAACUGCGCCGUCGACUACCUUCUGGACCUGCGCAGCGCCGUGCAAGACACCUGGGUGUACCGCUUUUUCGGGGCGUACGACAACGUCGUCGGAGUCCCCGGCACGGCGCCCACGCACGGGACCGAGGUGCCCUUCUUCCACGGCGGCAACGAGUGCUUCGCUUCCCUCGCCGACGUCACCGAAGCGCAGCAGGCCCUGGCCGAUUCCAUCCAUGACUGGUUCGUCGGCUGGAUCAAGGACCCGGCCGCCGGGCCUGCAGGAUGGGCCAAGGCCUCGCCUGAGUCCGGCGCUUUGGUCAAACUCGGCGUCCCUGGCGACGAGCUGUCUGCCAUUCCGGGAUCGAGGGGGGAGUACAACUCUCGCUGUCAGUCGGUUUAUGGACCUGCUUUUCCCAAGUACCCGGUCGUCCAGUCCGUGGCGGGCAUCCUGUAAGGGGCUUUUGUGACGAGCAUCUGGCAGCUUGCUGGGUUGGCCCUCGGAAGUCGAACGAUGCGUAAAAGUUGUAGAACUACGACCCAAAGAGCAAAAUAAGAUCGCUAUCAAGUCUUGAUACAGUUGUCAAGAACGAAGUUGUAAUAGAAUACAAGUUUCUUUGCGUUGGGUCGCCUAGUUCCCUUAUGACCCUUUCAACUUCUCUAAGAUUUCCCUAAUCGUUCGAUCCUUACUAAGAUGGAGUGGUUUUGCCGGGAACAUGACUCGGCAAUUCUCUCUUUCCAGAACGUAGUACGCAAAUAGCGAAACAUCCACCUCGUUGGAGACGACUGACUGCGUGCCCAGGAGUCAGGACAGGGUGUCUGCAGAGUCGAUGCAAGCACCGGCAGCGGACGGCAACAGCCGCAUCUUUACCCUCUCUGAUCUCAGCAUCGCUCACUGGCAGCGUCUUUGAUUUGCCGGUGCUAUACGAGCGGAGGUGGAUCUAGGCAUGGUAACCUUGCCACGGCUAGAGAAAAGUGGUGUGAUGUGUGAUAUAAUAUUCCGGCCAACCGGUCCCCCAAUCUCUCUUCGGACUACAAGUACGCGUCUUCUCCUCUCACCCUGCAUAUGUAUCCAGUAUUUUCUUUUCGCAACAUAGAACCAACAGCCAUUCCGUCAGGACAGGGAACUGGAGCAAGGGUCCUGACCCGGUCUCAUUACCGGACCAAUAACGAGCACGCAAACUGUCAUAUCAUGCAAUUGUUGGACAUCAUCCUUGGACUGGAAGGAGUCUUAUGCCUUUUUUGCGCCCAACAUGUCAAAACCGAUCCUAGGACUGUUUGUUAUUCAGUAGAAGCCAUUCAGGGAGUGGUCGUAUUCCAUAGUCUGGGAGUUCACGCAGACCAUAUUCCUCAGAGCCAACGAGAGUUGUGAAGUACUCCGCCACCCCUCGACUAGCAAAUUAUCUCGGUUAGUGCCUGAAACAAGUAUUGGUAGUUGCAUCAAUCCGACGGAUGUAUCCGAGAUCCGGCCUUCUUGGUACUUUGCCAUCAGUUCCAGCUUCCGGAGGGCAACUUGAAUCAAGCAACCUGACUGGGAGAAGGAGUCCAGAGGCGCAAUGGCAGUUUCACUCAGAGCCAGAAGCCCUUGUUAUGGACUUGAAGGUGUCAUACCUAGGAAUCAUCUGCCCAUCGCACAAGCACACAAGAGGCCUGGUGGGAUAAUGUAACCUUCCGCGGAGCAGGGAUGCCGCCUCCGCUCCCGGGAACCCACUUCCCCCCCGGGGCCCUGGUACGGUGUUUGCGGGGGUUCAUCCAACCGCAUACGACCAGUCACCUUCUUGGUAGUCUCCCAAACUUCCAACGACCGAUUGAUACUUUUCUCUCUUGUCCUUUCUUCCUGCCGUCCACGUUCUUGAUUCCGGGAGGCGUAACACUGUUGUGUGGGUUGGGAGCCGGUUGCGACGGAGGGUUGCCAAGGCGGCAAAAUACAUUUUACCAAGAUUCGUGCACAAAUCACGGAGAUCUUAGAGACAUUCUUGGCUUUGAGGGCGGAAAGAUGGAGUAGAUCUGUAUGCUCUUACAGAUUCCCACAGCAUACGGCGGUCAACGGACUUGGUAAUUUCAGCCAGUGGUUCCAGAUGGUCUUGUCAAAGCUACCAGGUCGAUCCGAGCCAGACGCUCCUCUUCCCCCAUUUUUUUCUUUUUCCUUCGUCGGAGCAGCACUGCGUCCCUCUACACUCUACAGGUAAGACUGAAAGACCUUGUCGUACUUCUCCCUCGUCGCCCGGUUGCCGACCCAGACGUCCUUCUUCCCGUCCACGAUCUCGAUGUCGGUGCCGACGAAGGUGGCAACCAUGCCGGCGCCGAAGGCGGCCUUGUCGAUGAAGACGUGCUCGUCGGGCUCGACCACCUCGAGGUAGUACGGGUGGGCGAGCAUGGCCGCGAGCACCUCGUCCGACUUGUAGAGGAACAUGGCGAUGCCGUCAAACUCCACCGGCUCGGUGGCGGCGGGCUCGGUCGAACCCGCUGCCGUAGGGAGGAUCUGGCCUCCGACUUGAAUCUGAGGCGAGAAAGUCAGCCCACUCCCAAGAAGACGACGGCAUUCUGAUCGUGGGGGUUCGUCUGACGUACCUGCUGGUAGCGCGUGAUGUUGAAGUGGACGGCCAAGGGCGCGACCUUGGGCGCGUGCUCGGUCUGCCAGUAGUCCCAGAACUGGUCCCGGGUGACGUUGGCGGCCCGCUUGACGUAGGUGACCAUCUGGGUCUGGCCGGUGUUGGUACAGGAGGCCAUGCCGCCGGCGAGGAGCGUGGCCGCGAUGGCGAAGGGGACGGCGAGGCGGACCAUGUUCUACUUGGAAUCCCGGGCGGGAGAGAUGUCGAGAACUUGGGCUGAAGUGGUCUGACUCGGGAACGCAGUGGACAGUGAGUGGGUUGGCAAGGAAUCCGGGAAACUGGAAUUUCUGUAAGUUUCAGACAGAGAGGAGUGGGAGAGGGAGGAGGGGAGGUAUGUGUAGGUCAAGACUUUUAUCCCUUUCGUUACG